GCCGAAUGAUAUGUCAUUUUUGUGUUCCGCAAAGUAAUUAUAUAUUGAAUUAUUUUGAGAACUUUUAUUAAAGUAAUACUGAAAUGUCUAUCUUAGCUUACAACGGAGGCGCAGUGGUCGCCAUGAAGGGGCAAGAUUGUGUGGCAAUUGCUACAGAUAAAAGAUAUGGCAUACAGGCACAGACUGUGUCCACAAACUUUCCAAAAGUUUAUCAAAUGGGUCCCUCACUAUUCGUUGGACUACCUGGCCUUGCCACUGACACACAGACUGUAUUCCAGAGAUUGAAAUUCAGAAUGAAUCUUUACGAGUUAAAAGAGAACAGAAUUAUGAGACCGAAGACAUUCUCAGCGAUGCUGUCAAACUUAUUGUAUGAGAGGCGUUUUGGACCCUAUUUCAUCGAGCCUGUGAUUGCUGGAUUAGACCCCUAUGACAACCAGCCAUAUGUCUGCAAUAUGGAUUUGAUUGGAUGUCCAAAUGAGCCUGAGGACUUUGUAGUGUCUGGUACAUGUUCAGAGCAACUGUAUGGUAUGUGUGAAGCCCUCUGGGAACCCAACCUCAAGCCUGAUGAACUCUUUGAAACAAUUUCUCAGGCUCUGGUGAAUGCAGCGGAUCGUGACGCCAUCUCAGGUUGGGGCGCCGUCGUCUAUAUCAUAGAGAAAGACAAAAUAACCGAGAAACAUGUGAAGACGAGAAUGGAUUAAUUUACUAGGAUAUGUAUGUGGUAUUAAUGGAACUUUUUUAUAAUAAACUCUAUC